CUCACUCCGAGCACCGCAGGACGACGAGGACACCGACAUCGCUGAGGGGCAGCCACGGCGUCGCUGUGGCCAGGAUUGGGCAGCUUCCACGGCUGACCAGCACUGGCGUAGGCCCGGGGAUCUGCCUGUGGCCUCUGCUCCUGCUCCUGCUUCUGCUCCUGCCUCAGGCCCUCCUCCAGGCUCAAGAUGCACUCCCCGCAGCAGCAACAACAACCGCAACAGCAACCCCGUCGUCGCAGCAGGCUGGGAUAUCCCGUGGCGCUGCUAGUGGCGGCGAUGGCCCACACCACGCAACUCAUCGUAUUCCAGCCGCAGGAUUUGACCACCGGGACAACUCCACCGCAGCAACAUCAGCCGCUACAGCAACAUCAGAAGGCGCAGCAACAGCAGCAGCAGCAGCGGCAACAUCAACAUACAAAGACGAUGCCGAUGCUGAGCCGAUGCUGCCACAGAUUCCGUCGUAUAUCCGUACAACCGCAAUGUUCUUCUGCAUAGUCAUUAUGCUGCUGGGCGUGGUAGGAAAUGUGAUGGUGCCCAUCGUAAUUGUGAAGACGAAGGAUAUGCGCAACUCCACGAACAUCUUCCUCACCAACCUGAGCAUUGCCGACCUGCUGGUGCUGCUCGUCUGCACGCCCACCGUUCUCGUGGAGGUCAACACCCGUCCGGAGACCUGGGUACUCGGGCACGAGAUGUGCAAGGCCGUGCCGUUCGUGGAGCUGACGGUGGCCCACGCCAGCGUGCUGACCAUCUUGGCCAUCUCGUUCGAGCGCUAUUACGCAAUCUGCGAGCCAUUAAAGGCCGGCUACGUCUGCACCAAGGGGCGGGCCAUCCUCAUCUGCGUUUUGGCCUGGGGCAUCGCUGCGCUCUUUACGAGCCCCAUUCUGUGGGUGGCCGAGUACAAGCUGGCCGAGUACAUUGAUGGAUCAUCGGUGGCCGUGUGCCUCACGCAGGCCAUCACCGACUGGACGCUCGCCUUCUUCCUGAUGACCAUCUCCGUGUUCUUCGUGGUGCCGUUCGUGACCCUGGUGGUGUUGUACGGCAUCAUCGCCCGGAACCUGGUCUCCAAUCGGGCCGCCAUGCUGCGGGCCCGACCCACGAAGCCGGAACUUAGUCUAAAGGCGCGCAAGCAGGUGGUCCUGAUGCUCGGCGCCGUGGUGCUGUCCUUCUUCGUCUGCCUACUGCCCUUCCGUGUCCUCACGCUGUGGAUCAUCCUCAGCACGGAUCAAACCCUUCACGACCUGGGAUUGGUGCGGUACUAUAGCCUGCUCUACUUCUGUAGAAUCAUGUUGUACCUCAAUUCAGCCAUGAAUCCCAUUCUUUAUAACCUGAUGUCAACGAAGUUUCGAAGGGGUUUUGCGCGGCUUUGCCAGGACGCUGGGAGACUCCUGCUGGAGUUGGUUACCCUGGAAAGGCGGGUGAACUCUUCUCGAGGACGAAGUGGCACCUUGUCGCUGGGCUUGGGCACCAACACGAAUACGAAUACGAACUCUUCGAAUGCCACGGCAGCUACGAGUUCCAGUAUCCUGUCCCGGAGUUCCAAUCGUCGCUGCAGCGAGGAUAUCAGUCGCACCCGCCUGAAAAUUGAGAUGCAGAUGCCAUGUGGCAGUGAUCUGGAGGCCAUGGCCAUGCUGCAGCACUCCACUUUGGGAAAGGGAAUGGCCAGGAGAGUGAGUGAUAGCCGACCUACGGCUUUGAGGAACCCGCAAGCACUACGCCACAAGCCGCAAAUAAGUUUCGAUGAAGAGGCAUUGGAAGGGAAGGAACUAAAUGAGGGGGGAGUCCUGACAGGGGAAAGGGGUCAGGAGAAGCUGCCUAGAAUAGCAGGAAUAGGAAUAAAUCCCCCCUAAGAGAGAUGGGUGUGAAAAAUCGACUGUAACCCGUUUACCCACUCGCUUCACUUGGCUGGAAUGUGCCGAUGACGCUGAUCCUGGCAAACACAAAUCGCAUCCUGAACGCUUUGGCAGGCAUAAUCGAUUUCAGUCAACCGUUGACAGCUCCGAGCAUCGAAGUUGGGCCGCCGCCUUGGACAUUUCCGUACGAAAAACAAUCAAUUUUUCGGGCUAUUAAACUCGAAUGAAUGUGCCAAAGAUAAAUAACAGCAACGACAGCCAAACAGCACUACAACUACCACUACUGGUCAGAGUUUGGAGCCGUGAUAUGGAUUGGGGGUAAGCCAUUAAGCGGCGGGCGUUCGAGAAGGAGAGGGACAUGGAAAUGGCUUAAUAUGCGAUUGGGUACCCCAUCAAGGCGGCGGAUAAACAUGAUUUAGGUGUAUUGAAAUAGUUUCCGAAAGCCGGCCAUGUUGCGGGCCCUACAAAAUGGCUGCCAUUACAGGGACGGCCAUCACCGGAUGUCCGAAAAAACUGUUGCCUACUUGGCGGCAGCUCAAAUAAAAAGCUUAGCUCAAUAUGCACACAAUGUUCACAUGUAAACACAGUUGUACAUACACCAUGCACACACCUACGCAAACAUAGCUAAAUAUUCAUAUUUAUAUUUAUAUUUACGAACAUACUUAUAUAUACGAUACACUCUGCUUAUAAAUACAACGCAACACACAACGCACACACAAGAAAAGCAAAGAGUUUGUGAGUACAUAAAUACAUUUUUUAUGACAACUCGUGACGGGUCAAAGGAAUCGUCUUUUCCAACAUUUCCCUAUUCAGCUGGAAUCUCUAAUCAUUUUGCGAGCAGCCGUGUAAUUUAUAUAAUUCUAUGGAAAUCGGACAAAUGCUCGCCCCUGUAAAUAUACGUAUUCGUACCGUACGCGUAGCUUUUUAAAUUGUUUUCGUAGCCCCAUGACGUAGAUUUCUUUCGUUUUGUAAAGUUAUAAAGUAGAUAGAACCCACACCAUCCUGCGAGUAUAAUGAGUAUGAGCAGACGUUGCCGUUUCCGUUUCCGCAGUGUGAUUAAGUUGAGUGCCUCGGUUCGAAACUUUUCCAGUAGUUAGCCGUUGAGUAGAUUUUAAAUAUUUGUUUGUUUCCUGCUCGCAGUACGUUAAAACUUUGCAGACAGCAGCAGCCACUGAAAGCUACACACUCGAUUCAAUCUAAUGAUAAAUAUGAUUCUUGCAGUCCCAUCAUCGCAAUAUCCAGCUUCAGUGUGGAGCCCUAUGGGGACGGAACCGAUGCCCCAGUUUGCACGACUGCCGCCGAUGGUUUC